ACACUGUGUUUUAUUGCGACCAGGUGUUGUCUGAGAGCCUGGCGCCCAUAACCUACCUAACAUACGAAGUAGAAUCAAGCGAACUCGCUUAGCAAUCAGUCGUGCUGGUAGUGAGUGCCCUUAGCAGUCGCAGAUACUCCGAAGUCUUUGCAGAGUCGGAGAGCGAGAUGAAGUGGACGGUCGUUUUCGUGGCGCUGACGUUGGUCAUCGCCUCGGAUGCUGGAUCCUCCAGGAGCCUCAGCGCUGAGGACGGCACUCCCGCGAGGAAAAGGCAGGAAAGGGAGGCUCCAAGGGAAGGGAAUCUCAAGGAACCGAUGUUGGAACUUCGACGGACUAAGCGGCAAGCGAUUAAAGCUUUGAACUGCAGCGCUCUCUUCCCAAGCGCACCGAGCGGAUGUGCCGUGUUCAAUCACAACACUACCUACGGAUACCCAGCAGUAGGAACCGGCAGGAGAAACCCGGAGCGUGGAUUCUACACUUACACGGAGAGCAAAGCAUCCAGCUGGACACCAGUCGACCCACUGAGCCUGAAUGAUUUGGUCAACCGAGGUCACACCCUCUUUUACAGAGUGUACGUCCUAGACACGUUCGUCAACACAAACAUCAGCGACGACAUCCUGCAGAAGAUAAGGAAAGAUUUCGUGGACAUCCGAACUGCUGGUUUGAAGGUGCUCUUAAGGUUCUGCUACAGUUUAAACGGUUCGGUCAUCGCGGACGCUCCUCCUCUGCAGCUGAAGAAGCACAUUCAGCAACUCGCUCCCAUUUUCCAGGAGCACGUAGGUGUCAUAGCUCUAGUGCAGGCAGGCUUCAUUGGAGUGUGGGGAGAGUGGUACUACACGGCCAACUAUGGCAACGAAGGCAACAUAUCUCCGACUGAUUACCAGAAUCGACGACAGGUCGUGACUGACCUUUUAGCAGCAUUGCCAGCAUCCAGGCAAAUCGCGCUGCGCACACCAAACUUUAAGAGGAAGAUUGUGGAGAGAGUUACAUCUGUUACUUCAGCCGAGGCGUAUACGAAUACUAAGGUUGCAAGAAUUGGCCACCACAACGACUGUUUUCUGGCAUCUGACACGGAUUUUGGGACCUACUUAAACAAGUCUGACGAAUACCCUUACCUUAAGAAUGAAACACUGUAUGUGUCACAAGGGGGUGAAACUUGUAACCCCAAUCCAACCAGGUCUGAUUGCACCACUGCAAAAAUAGAACUCCAGGAGCUUCACUUCACUUACUUGAAUUCGGAGUAUCACGGAACUGUGCUCCAAUCAUGGAAGACCCAAGGAUGUUAUAACACAAUCGACCAUUCACUUGGGUAUCGCUUCAUUGGCAUGUUUUCAAGAAUACCAUCAUCGAUAAAGAGAGGGACCACUGUUACGGUUGGCAUCAAGGUGAAGAAUGUUGGUUACUCUGCACCAAUCAACUACCGGUCAGCGCAGAUGGUGAUCAUCGGCUGUUCAGGAACGAUGUACACCUCACCUCUCCAGGCGGGUCUUGACCUUCGACGUUGUCAACCUGGGGAGUGUAUCAUAGAUGCCACUCUUUCGGUGCCCUCUGCAGCUCCAACAGGUGUAUACAAGGUACUGCUUAAACUGCCUGAUGGCGAGAGCACCUUGGCAAGUCUCAAAGAGUACAACAUCGUCAUUGAGAACCUGAUUCACUCAGCUAACCUUACCAGCAGACUCAAUCUACUGGGUACAACGAGCAUCGUAUCCUAAGGUACAGUUUAGUGGACGCCUGCCUACGUUCUCUCCAGUAGUGACAAGGCGUGAGGAAGGGAGGGAACAGGCAAGCCUACCUGAAAGACAUGUCGAUUAGUAGAUGUUAAAAGUCAUCUAAACCCAGCACUAGACGAACAAGUGCAAAAAUGAAGAAGAGAGAAGGAAGUGAACCAGAUUCGUGAAUCAGGUCACUCGGUGACCCAGUAUUAAACGCCUUCAAGCAUCACAACAUCUUCGAUGAAAGAAAACUUUGGAAAAACUUAUAACUCUGCUUACAUUAUAUUCGCAUGUCUGUAUAUCAAUCUCUAUGAAAAUUUAUGAAGUUUUUGUUAAAAUUUGUUUACAGUCAUUACUCUGGAUUUAGAUUGAAUGAUUGAGUCUCUUGAAUUUGAAAUAAAAUUGGCAUUUUAAA